AUGCCUCUCACUAGCAUCCGAAAAAAGGCGAUAACCUGCUACUACUGGAACGAGAGGACAUGUAAAUAUAGUGACAAUGUCUGCACGUACGCGCACCGUCAUACUGGCCAGAUUGCGAAAAAGCCACAGUUUGCUAGAUCCACUGCAUCGAAAUCAAGCCAACGAGAUACACAAGAUCUAAUCUCAAUCAUGGGGGAUGAUGGAAUAGAUAAUACUGUUACCACCCGGGCGGAAAGCUCUGAAUGUCGAACCUUGGCCGAAGCAGUUAUCAAGGCUCUACAGACUAAGAGUGACUACCAUGGAAUUAAAACCAUGCUCAGUUCUAAUACCUCUGAGUGUGUUCAAGAGGCGCUCAAUCAGGGUAUCGAUGGAUAUUCUGUCAUUUUCGAAGCCGUUAAGCGGAACGAUGCUGAUAUUAUCCAGCUGCUCGUUGAUAACGGAGCAAAUCCCAAUGCAACCGAGUAUAAUUCUGGUAUCCCUCUCAUCGCAUUUGCCAUUUUGCAGAAUGCGGAAACCGUAGUGGUCCAAACUCUUCUGAGUCUUGGUGCGAAUCCGCAUUCUAUUCCUCAAGACUUUUGGGAUUCUACCGCGACUAAAUUAUCUAUGAAGGGUGAGGAUUUACGAGCGGGUAACAGGAACGCAUCUCCCCAGACCCUCUGGUGCAGCAGUUUUCACCUCGUUUCGCUCCUUCAGCGGCUGGACUUCGGUCUCAGUUAUCACCUUCAAGUUGCCAGUGGACCAGAUGUCCCCGCAAAAGAAGAACGACAAAUUUUUGCAGCACUAGGAAUGAAAUCUCUCCUCCAGGCACCAUACUUUUUGAUCGGACAGAGUUUCGCAGUUAAGCGCGUAACGGAGUAUGUCAAGUCGCAUCUUGUGCUUCCCAGCCGUGGUGCACUAAUGUUAGCAUUUGUUGGAACCCCUUGCCAUGGCCAGGCUGAACUAGCUGCAAACAGGGGAGUAUCAUCUGACGAUCUGUCGAUGAACCACUUGAACGAAGUGAAGGUGGUAUACUUCGACGACCUGGACAAAACUGGCGGCUCGAACCUUACUACACUGCUGGAUGGCCGCGCCCAAGGCACCAAGCAAGACACAGGUAAUCCUAGCGUACUCACCAAUGCGAAGACCAUAUGUAUUCUCUCCGUAACGGAUUGUGAGAAAACAAUUCUCGAUUUCUAUAAAAACUACCUACGAUCCAAUUUCAAGAACAACUGGCGCUCUGCUCGUUGGGGCCUUCUGGACAAAGCGCUGAGAAAAGACUUAAUUAGAACUUAUGGUGCCUCACUAACCAGCGACAUCGAUGCCAUAAUCCAAUUUCUCCCUUACUCUAAGCUUGAAACAGCAGCUCUCGCACAUAGACAUGUUAAUGACCUGCGUUCUCGCCUGGCUUCUAUCCAUAAAACUCUUGGCGGCGCCCUCACAAGCAAAACCAGCUCCAUAUUCACACGCGCUGUCCGUCUCAAGCUCGAAGGCGAUGAGGAAGCGAUCUACACGCAUCUAGCGGAGAAGAGCUAUGACAUGAAUCUUGGCGCACGGUCUACUCAGCAAGGCAUUGUUAACAAAAUCCAGUUACCGAUUAUUGAACUGUGGACUAAGAAAUGUGCGCAUGAUCGUGAAGGGGCGGAGGAGGGCAAAAGGAAGGGUUGUCAGAUGCGUUGGGUUUGGUGGAUGGGUUUGGUGACAUUCCUGUCUCCACUUCUUCGGCCUCUGUUGCUGGCAAGGCUGUAG